AUGGACGGCAGCGAUUCCGCCGUGCUCGACGAGAGCAAGGAUGCCUCGAACCAUCAUCACCCCGGGCAGCUCAGCCUCUUUAGUACCGAGAUGAACCGACAAGUAGAAGAGGAGCAUCUCGACUCGUCCUUGCCCGACGAGGACGACAUGGACAAUGAUAACCUCGCCGCGCUGGACCAGAUUCGCUCACGCACACGGAGCCGUCCUGGCUAUGAGACGAUAGAAUGGAAAGUCGAUGACCCCGAAAAUCCCAAAAACUGGCCCAAGGUUCGUUCGGUUCCUCUCCUAAACCCUCAUCUCAACGCACCAAAUCAAAUAGAAAAAAAAACUGACCCGACGGCGUGCCGCGCCCACCAGUCCAAAAAGCACAUGAUCACUGCUCUAACAUCCCUCCUCGUUCUCAACUCAACCAUUGGCUCCGCGCUGCCCAGCCAGGCCAUCCCCUUCAUCACGGCUUACUUUGGCGUCACCUCGCAGGAGCAGCACGUCCUGCCCAUCUCCGUCUUCCUCGUCGGCUACGUCUUUGGGCCCCUCAUCUGGGGUCCCCUCAGCGAGCACAUUGGCCGGCGCAACCUCACCCUCGCCACCUUUUCCAGCUUCACCCUCCUGACCAUGGGCUGCGCCCUCGCGCCCUCGUGGGCUGCGCUGCUCGCCCUGCGCUUCUUCACCGGCGUCUUUGCCGCCUCGCCCAUUGCCAUUGUCGCCGGCAUCCUCGCCGACGUCUUUGGCGACGCCCGCGAGCGCGGCCGCGCCUUUGGCAUCUUCAUGGUCGUCACCACCCUCGGCCCGCUCAUCAGCCCCAUCAUCUCGGGCUACACCGCCGACAACAUUGGCUGGCGCUGGGCCUUUUGGGUCAAUCUCAUGUUUGCCGGCGCCACCCUCGCCUGCGUGCUCUUCCUCCCCGAAACCUACGAACCCGUCCUCCUCGAGCGCCGGGCCCGCCGCCUCCGCGCCCAGGAUCCCGAGCGCAACAAGGUUGUCGCCCCGCGCGAGCUCGAGGAGACGGACCUGCGCCAGCUUCUCAGCGUCGUCCUCGCCCGUCCUCUCCGCAUGCUCUUCACCGAGCCCAUUGUCGCCUGCUGCUGCGCCUACCUCGGCCUCGUCUACGCCGUAUUCUACAUGUCCUUUCAGGCCUACCCCAUCGUAUACCAGGGCCUUUACCGCCUCAGCCCCGGCGAGACCGGCCUCACCUACCUUUCCGUCGCCGUCGGCGCCGCCGUCGCCCUCCCCAUCUUCUGGAACUGGGAUGGCGUCCUCGCCCGCGCCCAGGCCCGCGGCGCCGCCUGGGUCCGCCGCGAAGAGUACCGCCGUCUGCCCCUCGCCUGCAUCGGCGGGCCACUCUUCGUCAUUUCUCUCUUCUGGAUGGGCUGGUCCGCCCGCCCCGGCGUCCACUUUGUCGUGCCCCUCCUCGCCGGCAUCCCCUUUGGCAUGGGCAUGAUCCUCAUCUUCUUCGCCAUCCUCAACUACCUCGUCGACGCCUACGAAAUUUUUGCCGCCUCCGCCAACGCCGCCUCCUCCACCAGCCGCUCCAUCCUCGCCGUCGUUCUACCCUUUGCCACCACUCGCAUGUUUGACCGCCUCGGCAUCGCCGGCGCCUGCUCUCUCCUCGGCGGUCUACUCGCCGUCAUGUGCAUCAUCCCCUUCAUCUUCAUCUGGAAGGGCGAGGCCAUUCGCGCACGCUCCAAGUUCUGCGUCGCGCUGCGAGAGAGGAGCGAGAAGCUGGCGCGCAGGGCUCAAGAGCGGCGUCUUCGCCACGAGAGAGAAGAGAUGCGUGAGAAGGCGAGAGUUGAUGCACAGGGGCUUCAGACAACUGAGCCGCAAGAUGUCUAA